UAUACAAAUGCAGCAUUUGCUGUUAAUCUGGUUUUUCAAGUGACAGUCCAAUCCUCAUGAUGGAGUUCAGGUUGCUGCUGUUCCUGGUUUUCCUAGUAUCCCUGUGCUUCACUGUGUUGGAGUUCAGGUUGCUGCUGUUCCUGGUUUUCCCAGUGGCCCUGUGCCUCACUUGUGUUCAGGUUCCUGGUUCUGUGUGCUGUAGCUUUCUGUCCCUGGCAGUUCGAUGAGUGGAGUUUUCUCUCCGUUUGUAUGGGUUUUAUUCCUGCCCUGACUCUCUGCAAUAUUGAACCCAAAAAUAUGGCGGAGGACCCUGAGGAGAGAGUUCUGUUGGAAAGUUGGAGUUGCCCAAUUCACCUUUAAAGACAAAACGAAAUUAAAUUAGCAACUUAAGGAAAGUUUGUUUUCGGAAGAUGCCGUUCUAUAAGAGGAUCGUGGCACCCCAGUUGGUGUCUAGGUUGAGCACUGAAGACUUUGGAAGAGUUUGGGAAGAUGGUGAGGAUGAGGAAGGGGUCGAGGAGGAUGGGCACGGGCUGCAGAGGAGGAAGAGGAGGAGAAGGAGGAAGAAGAAGCUGGAGCAGGAGCCCCCCCAGCCCAGUGCUUUGCUCUUCGAGAGCCUGCAGAACGUGUCCAGCCACACACUCGCCUCGCUGCUCCGGCAGCUGGCCGACCUCAGCCGCCUGGCUACCGGCAUCUUCCAGGAGCUGGAGCUGGAGGCGAACUCGCUGUGUGUCCGCUGCAGUCAUCUCCACAGCCGGCUACACAGCCUGCAACGCCGCACCCUCCGACUCGACGCCAAAAAAGUCGCCGUCCCGGUCUCUAACCUGGAUGAAGAGAGCCGGUGGACAGUCCACUAUAAAGCAUCAUGGCACCACCAGGAGAACGUGUUCCUACCGUCGAGCCGGUCACCCUGUGUAGAAGAUCUGCACCAGCAAGCCAAGGUGAACCUAAAGACCGUGCUGCGAGAUUGCGAUAAACUAAGGAAGGAUGGUUUUCGCAGUUCCCAGUAUUACUCACAGAGUCCAAUAUUCACCUCGCCAUCAUCCCAUCACUCAGCCAGUUGCCUGGAUGAGGAAGAGGAUCAGGAGCAAGUGCAACAUAACUUCUUAAGCUGCCUUAGUUUCUGCUGCCAUUUGACUCCAUGGAACAGCCAGUCCACAGUCUCAUCUGCCAAGGAGGAAAAGCUGCACUAUUCCAGGAGAUCUAAAACUCCAGUCCCCAGUGACCUCUCCGAGAUUGAUGUCCAGACCAACUGGACCAAGGCCCUGCCACUGCCCACACCAGAGGAGAGGAUGCGCCAACAAGCCCAGGCAGUACAGAGUGACGUGGUCCCAAUCAAUGUAACAGGCGAGAGCUUCGAUCGCCAGGCGGGCACCAGGCGCUCUCUUGUCCGCUCAGACACCGCGCUGAGACGGACUACGAGAAUCAAACGGCGAAAGACAAUCACCGGGCUACCUGACACCGUCCAGAAGGAACUAGGCUCUGGGCUGACACCAGCCAGAGGUCACUCUGUUAUCCUGGCCGGUCACUAUUCCACCAUUAGUCGCCUGGAGAGCAGCAAGGCCACCAGAGGGCGGUUAGUCACCAGGGACUCCUCCUGUCAAACUGAAGAGGUCAAGGUAGUUCCACCUUCUGUCCGGAGGAUCCGAGCCCAAAAGGGCCAAGGGAUUGCAGCCCAACUCUCCCAAUCAUCGGCCGACAUGUCUUCCGCCGGCAGUGCCAGAGAUGGUGUGGUGCGUGCCAGGGCCGAGCAGCCCCGUUUCCACAGCCUCCCGCGGCCAGGUGCCAGGGUCUCGCUGCAGGAGCUGGGGGAGACACGCGGGACUCUGGGCCGGUCUGAGGAGCGUUUCCCGGACCCGGAGGUGACAGCGAAGCAAGAUGUGACGGACUCCCGGCUCCGGGCCUGCUCCCCUUCGACCCGCCGCAACCCUGGGGACGGGCCGGGUGCCGCCAUGUGCCCCGCCCAGCUCUCCGCCCGGGCCACCCUGUCCUCCAAGGCCGAGGUGGUGGCCAUUCCCACAUCGCGGGGCCAGCCCGGGCCUCCCCCCUCCCCGGGGGCCCCGCGCGAUGACCCCGGUUCCUCCAGCGGCAACUGGAGUGCGGGCAGCAGCGGUUCCGGGCGUCUGUCCCCCACCUCGGACACCCCACUGACCCCUUCCCGCUGCGACUCGGCAGUCUCCCUGGCACCUCCGGGCUCCGGGGCAGAGCCUCCCCUCAGCCAGGGGCAGCUGGAGGCCCGCAGUGAGGGGAGACCUCAAGGGGCAGCGGCCCCUCCUUCCCCCUGCUCUCCCUCCGCCGCUGGCUGGAGCCCUCCAAUGUCGCCCUCGGAGGUCAGGGGUCAACGGUGCGCGGUCAGCCUCCCCGAGUACAGCGACCGCUCCCUGGGCCGCAGCAUCUCCCUGAAGAAGACCAAGAAGCCCCCCCUUCCCCCGGCUCGCACUGAUUCCCUGCGCAGGAGGCCCAAGGGCGGGCGGCCUGUGCUGAGCGAGUCCCUCAUUGCCAGCCUGCAGCGCUCCCUGGAGGUCAACCUCCGAGCUCAGGAGGGAGGCCCAGAGACUCACGGAGAAGGCCGAGAGCCUUGGGCCACGACUCUCCGCAGCCAGAGCAGCUCCGGGGGCGACGGCAGCACCAACAGCAGUGGGCGCUCCACUGCUGCCAGUAACGCCUACACCACCAGCGCGGCCACCCCAUCACAGAGCGAGACCAGCAGCCUGCGCUCCGAGUACAGUGACCCCUGGGCCUAUUACCCCGAGGGGCAGCAGCCUGGAGCCUGGGAGUGCGGGCCGCCUGGGCCUGGAGCCUCCGUGGAGCCCAAAGGCCCGGGCCAUGCUGUGACCUCCCCCUCGAGCGGCUAUUCCAGUCAGUGCAACACGCCCACCACGCUGAACCCAGCUCCAGCCUUCCCCCACCGCCCAUUGCCAGGGGCUGCCAAGCCAAAGUCAAAGCCAAAGGUCCCUGAGCGGAAAUCCUCGCUGCUGUCCUCCAUGUCAGCCUCAUCAUCAUCUGCCUCCCUCUCCUCAAAUGCUUCGGACUCCCGUCCUCAAGGGGCACCAGUGAGCACUGCUGCCUCAAACACUCCUGCGAUAUCACCCAUAGGCCUUGACCUUCACCCUCACCUUCCUCAGGUAUCCCCAGUGUCCACCGUCUCCUCUCGCCCUCCUCUGGCACCCCCAGUGUCCACUGUCUCUUCUUCCCCUCCUCUGGCACCCCCACUGUCCACCCUCUCCUCUCCCCCUCCUCUGGCACCCCCAGUGUCCACCCUCUCCUCUCCCCCUUCUCUGCUACCGCCUCCUCUGACCACCCUACCCCCUCUUCCACCCCCUCUGACCAACCUGCUCCAUCCUCCAUCCCCUCUGGCCAUCCUACCGCCUCCUCCAUCUCCUCUGACCAACAUGGCUCCUCUCUCACCCCAGUUGCCCACUGCGACUCCACCCCCGCCCCCACCUGCCCCACCCCUGACUAUGGUGGCCUUUCCUGCUGGCCCUCUGGAUCCAAAGGGGUCAGCGUGUGUGAAGGCCCAGCCGUCUGGGAAAGAGCCCAAGACCCUGGGAGACCGUCCUGAGGCCAACAGGCCAGCGCUGGGCCUGCCCCUCAUUACAGCCAGCGCUCUGCAGAAAGUGCAGCUGAGGUCAGUGAGGAGGAGUGAGCGGGCAGACCUCCCGGGCCAGGUGGAGGGGCACAGCACCCGACUGAAUCCGCAGCCUGAACGGCCGGUGUCCCCUCCACCCUGGAAGCCCGCCAUGCUGCAGCGACCUUCCUCCCUUGGCCGACUUGCCAAGGCCCAUCCUGAGGCCCACAUGGCCCCCAACAGCUGCCUGGCCCUCGGCCCUGAAAGCAAGGCUGGCCUCAUGGAGCGACCCACAAUGUCAGCUCCCUCCAACAGGCCCGAGGCCCGGCCUGGAAACCAUCUCGAGCCCAUGGCAGAGCCAGCCUGUCCUGCUUCUGCUGUCCAGGGCACUGUCACCAGCGCCAAGGUCAAUCUGGGCACUCUGCCAUCUGAAAGCCCUAAUGCCAAAUCACCCAGCAAAACGCCCCCUCUCAUCGCCAGGAAGCCAAAGUUGAUGCUCAUUGUCCCGCCGUCUCCGUGGAACAUCUCCCCUCAAGGGAAACGACCUCCAGUUGUCCCAGAACCAGCAGCAGAGGACCCGACUAGCACAGCGGCAGCAUCUACUGGGGGCAACGGAGAGCAAGCCUCCCCAGCCCAGAGCGAGACGGCUCUGGAGUCUGACCACCCACUUCAUCUGGCCGAGAGAGCCCAGGACACUGUGCAGCAUGAGGCCUGGGUGGCUGACGUGCAGAAGAUUCUGGAUGAAAGCCAGAAAAGUCCCAGUUUGCGAGAUGAACCCAUCGCCGACAGCCCGGCCCCUUGGGAUGGUGUGGAUGACAGCAGCAGAAUUAGCUGCCAGGAUGAGGACUUGGGUGAUGUGUUCGAACCCAGCUCCCCCAUCUUUACAACCAGUUACGGGGGGAGUAAUGAAGAUCCGAGCACUCCCAGCAAGCCCAGGACAACAGAGGACUUGUUUGCAGUGAUCCACAGGUCCAAGCGGAGAGUGCUGGGCAGGAAGGAUUCUGAGGAUGAGCUCAGUAAGAGUGUGCCACACUCACCCCCGGUCACCCCUACGGGCACGGCCUCCAGUCCGGGCACCAUCAAGCAGGUUGGCUCCAUCCAGAGGAACCUGCGCAGGUCCAGCACCAGCAGUGACAGCUUCAAGGCCUUGCUCCUGAAGAAGGGGAGCAGGGUGGAGACCGGAUCCCGCAUGUCGGCGGCUGAGAUGUUGAGGAGCACCGACCCGAGGCACCGACCGCCCGAGUCACCGGCAACAACGGACACAGCCCGCAUGAACGGCUGGGGCCCGGCUGAGUCCCGCUCGCCGGGCCACCGGGCCAGGAACCCCCGCGAGGAGUGGGCCUCACACGAGGGGCCGGUACCCAAGGGGUCAGGGCACGCGGGAGUCCGUCAUGGGCGUUCGCGCACACCCCCCUCGGCCCCCAGCAGCCGGUACGGCGCGCGGCACCUCCACCUGCACCGGCUCCACAGCAGCCCCAUGACUGUCAUCCGUGAAGGGGAGGUCGAGAGCCCGGAGGUCACCGAGGGUCAUCGCCCUGGCGACGAGGGCCGCAGGCACAGCGAGGGAGACCUCCUCAGCACCAACGGCCUGGCGGAUGCCCAGUGCAGCCAGGAGUCCAGAGACGACCACAUCUCCAGCCACACGCGGCAGGGGGGCCCUGCCUCACAGAACCUUCUAGACUCGCUAAAGCGCAGGGCAGCAGACACUCUCCCUGCCCAAAGCGUUUUGGCAGAAGAAGGUGCAAACCAGGACUGGGACUCGUGAAAGACCGAGCAAUAACGGAAAGAGACUGUUUUUAUUCCUGUGUUUUAAUUUUUGUUUUAACGUCAAGUUAAUUGCAAACGGCCCCAGCCGGUUAAGGAGAAACCUAAACGCUGAAGACUCUGGUCUCGCCUGGUCCUUCAGGCUGAGCUUUCCAAACCUGGGAGACUCACCCAUGCACCAAAACAGAGAGAGAGACCUGCAUUUAAAUAGCACCUUUCACAACCUCGGGCAACCCAUGGCGCUUUGAAGUCUGCGAUGCACUUUUCCAAGGUCUUGUAAAAGCAAGGGGCAAAGAGCUCCUUUGCAUUGGUGUGGGAUGUGUCACAGGGGAGGGGGGGGGGGGGCAAAGCUCGCUACGCAGCAAGAGGCUUUUUGUGACAGAGGUGGGCAGGAGUGGGCAAUAGGCUGUGGGGUGAAGCUGGGAGAAAGAUAACUUUGGGUUUGCGAGUUGACAGAUGAGAGAGACAGAACAAAAAGGAAAAAGAGGCAAAGGACGAUAAGGAAAGAAUGAGGGGGAGAACAAUGAGACCAAGAGGUUUUUGAAAGAUUUCUUUUCUGCCAGACAUUCACAUCAGUCUCGUUGACUUAUCUGAGUGGAACUGAGGGCGAGAGAGAUGCAUGGUUACUGCCCCAGGUGGAUGAAGGAAGGUAUGACCUGACUAUGACUAUAAUCAAGGGCAGUCUGAAAUCUCAAACUCUUAACAUGGGACAAUGUGAAGGAGGUUUGGAGUGUUCAGCUGACCACUAGCCUCCACCCUGAGUGGAAGGAGGAGAGGUAGUAAGUAUUGGAACUUGGAGGGUUGGAACUGGAGGAUGUGUGUACUUGGCGAAUUAUCAGACUGUAAUACAUUGAAGCAGCCGCAUGAGAGGGCUGGUCUUUUCUGUGGUUGAUAACUGAGCUCAGUAAGUGUUGUAUUGUUAAUGAACAGGCAUGUCAGUCGGCAGGUCUCGGUGGUGUUCACACCGGGUCGCAUCGGUGUUCCGUUAGCUCAGCCUGCAACAGUCGGAGUUGGUUCGAGCUACCAAGAGGAUGGUGGUGAGGCAGGAACAGGUUCCUGAGGAGCAGUGGGUCGAGGAGAUGCUCAGCUGCUGUUGCCACCUAUGAUGGGGAUUUUGGCUGGGAAGCAUGGUGGGGCGGGGGGGGGUGCUACAGUCCAUGCUGUGCCAAGCUGAAUGCCCCUGUUGCCAAGGUGAGAUGGCUGGCCACCUCCUGGGAAGGGAGGGGACAGCUGGGAAAUGGGGGGAAGGGGAAUUCCUGACGUUCAUGAAUCCAUGCCAGUAGUCUCUUUUAUGUCCCUCUUACUCCCAUUGCCACUGGAUCAGUCAAAAUAGAUCAGCAAGCUUUGUGACUGACUGAAUAAAGCCGUUCAACCUUUUGACUUGAUAUUAACCCAAUUGUAGCCCAGUCCUGACUUCAGCAGACCGGUCAGUGGGGGCGGGGGGGGGCAGCCAAAGUCAGUGGUUCAGGUGUCAGUAGUAUCGCUACUUCUUUGACACCGGCCUUGACCCCCUUUUAGGGGCUCCCAGUCUGAACUCCCCACCUCAGUUGUUGCAGGUGGCUGGGCAGGGGUCAACAUCAAUGCUGGGUGUUCACUCAUCUGUAUAUUUUCUGGGUGAAUCUCUGAUUGGACUCUGCCUCAACGUGCAGAAGUUGGGUGAACUGAAUCUGCCAAGCUGUUGUCACCAGGUUUGGUUCUGUACCAGAUCCACGGUUAAUACAGUGAUAAGCAAGGCUGGCAUAGAUUCUGCCCAAGUCAUAGCUCAUUGGAACUGAAAUCCUCGAUAAUUUAGUGAGAGCAAUAUCAAACAGGGAUGGCUGCGAUAAGAUGGGGGUGUGAUCUGGGUGGUCACGCCAACAGCUGUAAGUGGAACAAAGAAGGCAAGUAUCCUAACCUUGACACGGAAGGACAGAGCUGCAGGAUAGACUUGUGAUGCCACUCAAGUCGAACAGCUUGGGUACAGUGGAGAAGAGAGACCAGUGAUGCUGGAAUAAUCACUCGUACACCGAGGAGGAGGAGAAAAUGUGAGGGAGGUGUGGAAGAGAGUGAGAGAGACUUGGGAGACGGUUAAUUGCUGAUCAGGACAAUAUUACAGAUAUAUACAUGUGACUUGAAUAUUCUAAAUCCUGUGACACUUGCUGAUGUCGUUACCAAAGAGAUGGAAUCUUUCCUAAGGGGAAAAAAAAUUGUUGCCUACAGUAUUUUUUGGAAGAAACUUCAGAGAGCUUUUUUUUAAAAAAAACACAAUAUUUCCCUUGUUCUCACAUCCUGCCACACAAAUAAAGCCUUACAUUUUAAACUAAAACAAAGCACAUUCACUCAUGUUUGAUGGUGGCACCAAAGCCCAGAACCAGUCAAAGGGAAAUGAUGCUUGUUACUCACAUUGUGAUCUUUCAAUACUUGUUUGUACAUGUACAGAGAUUGUCAAAUGCCCUCUUCUUUUGGGAGGGGAUUCUCUUUGUAAACACAACUUUUGGAAAUGUGUACAUUUUAGUCUUUCUUGUUUUUACAUGGGAUGUUUGUAGAUUAUUUAUUUUAGUACAGAGAGCAGUGUGUGAAGCUUUCUUGUCUCCUUCCACUCUCUAAUGUGCUCUGCUUUUACCAGGGCUGCAGGAAGGGGCAUAGGCUCCUUUCUGUUCUAGUGGGAUCUACUAGAAACACCGGGACUUUUCAGAAUGCCUUUGUUUGUAGCUGGAAGGAGGGUAGCGAUUGCUGUGUUUACACACUUCAAAUAAAGCAACAUUUUCAGCUCA